UAAGAGAUAGCACAGAAGAUGCGAAAAAGAUAUAAAACGGGUCCAUACAAUGAAAGAAAAAAAAGACAUCAUCAAAGCACAACCACUCUCUCACCUCACUUAUAUUCCUCGUUCUUAAAAGUUUUCUAAUUUAUAAAUUUUCUGUUAUUGCCCAUCAUGCUCACUUAUAUGGAAGUUCAUCUCUACUACACACUCCCGGUUCUCGGUAUACUGUUUGCUCUUCUCCGCCCAUUCCACUCCCCGCAAGACACUUUCAAGUAUUCUUUUCUCUGCAUCAUGGCGUUGACAACCGCAUCGCUUUGGGAUAACUACAUUGUCUACCAUCGUGCCUGGUGGUACUGCCCAUCCUGUGUCACUGCUGUCAUCGGCUAUGUUCCUUUGGAGGAAUAUAUGUUCUUUUUGAUCAUGUCUUUGAUGACCGUUGCCUUCACCAACCUGGUUAUGCGGUGGCACCUUCCAAGCACCUUCAUCAAGCCUGAUGCCUCUGUUUACAAGUCCAUGUGUAUCCGAUACUUGCCGGUCGCUGCGUUUUUGUCAGUUGGUUUGCGUGCAUGGAAUACGGCUGUGCCGGACACUCGCCUGUUCUAUGGUUCCUGCAUCUUGUGGUACGCAUGUCCUGUUCUUGCACUUUUGUGGUUCGGUGGAGGUGAAUACAUCUGCCGUCGCUACAAGGCUGUUCUCUUUUCCAUCGCUGUACCCACAAUCUAUCUUUGCUGGGUUGAUAAGGUUGCCAUCGCUGCUGGCACAUGGCACAUUUCUCUUCGAACAAGUACCGGCGUCAUGGUCGUUCCGAGCCUCCCUGUUGAGGAAUUUAUGUUCUUUCUUAUAAUUAAUGUGGUACUUGUAUUUGCAACCUGCGCUAUCGACCGUGCACAAGCCGUUCUCCAUCUCCACAGCAACAGUGACAGUGGCAUGGCAACUGGUUUCUCCUCAAAUCUGACGCUGCUCUUGAAUUUGACUCGCGCCUUUUGCCUGCCGGAUCAGGCACUACAUGCAGAAACCUUCCGCGAUUUGCAUACGACUUGGCGCAUCUUGAAGCAGGCUUCAUUUUCAUUCUACACUGCGUCGGCCGUAUUUCCCACACAUAUUCGUCAAGAUCUUGGCGUCCUCUACGGUUUUUGCCGUGCCACGGAUGAUCUCGCUGAUGACGAGGUGUCCUCCGUCGAACAGCGCAAGACCCAGCUUGCUACGGUGCGCCGCUGCAUACAUGACAUGUUUGCUACCAAGACUCCCACGAUGGACUGGUCCCUCUAUGACUUGCCUGCCUCAUGUAUUGCCUCGCUCCGUGCAUUUGCAAGACUGCGACCCAAGCUUCAAGUCGACGCUGUCAACGAAUUGCUCGAUGGUUAUGCUUUUGAUCUGGAUCGGGCAACUGUCAAAAACGCUGCGGAUUUGGAAUACUACUCGGCCUGUGUCGCAAGCAGCGUGGGUGAAAUGUGCACACGAGUCAUGCUGGAAUAUCCGGAACAAUGGACUAUCGAGCGGGCUCGAGACAUGGGGCUGGUGUUGCAAUACAUCAAUAUCGCACGCGAUAUCGUUACGGACAGCCAGCAGCUCCGUCGAUGCUACUUGCCCCGCGAUUGGUUAUCGGAAGCAGAAAGCAAGGCAAUGACGACCGGGCGUGCUGACACAUUGGGUCAAACCAAAUUGCGUUCAUUGGCUUUGAGACUGAUUCGUCGCGCGGAGGUGUUGGCAGGUCGAGCACGACGAGGCAUCGAUCGCUUACCAUUCGACUGUCAAGGCGGUGUGCGGGCGGCGUGUGCUGUGUAUAUUGCUAUUGGCAACGAACUGAUAAAUGCACAAGGAUAUCCUCGACGGGCCCAUGUAUCAACAGCGAAACGGGCGUGGAUCGUGCUUAAGAAUGUUUACCAGUGGCAAGGCAGUAGCGAGAUCAUGGUAGCCCGAAAAGGAAAGCAGCGUGCAUUUUCUCUUCUGUGAUUGUUACAUAUUCCGGUCCAUACGAUUUCACUAUUGCUCUUUACUUUGCGUUGCAAUUUUUUCCAAUAUGCGUUAUAUUUUUGAUUGGC